CCGGCUAUCUGAAAUCAGUAGAAACCGACUUUGGGGAGUGCAAAUAGCACAUGCAGUUUGGGCAAAAUUAAAGGUUUAAAAAGCCUCGGAAGGGUUCGUGCGAUCUGCUGAGUUGAAGAAAGAAAGAACUCAAGUGAUUGGUGGAAGAAUUCGAGAAUGGUAGCAACGAACGUGAAGGCAGAAACAAGUUCACUGAUGGAAAAGCGGAGUUGGUUAGAGGCUGAAAUGAAUACCAUCAUAGCUCGUCUCUCUCAGCCCGGCGCUCCUGGUCUCUCCGGCAACCUCCUUGAUUCUGAGGGUUUUCCUCGUUCCGAUAUUGACGUUCCAAUUGUUCGAGCCGAACGACGUCGCCUUGCAGAGCUGCGUAAUGACUACACGGAUAUAACUGAGAAGAUUAAUCAAAAUAUACAAAUUUUGCAUUCAGCUAGACUUGGAAAUAAUAAUAGAUCAUCGCCUUUCAAAAAUUCAGACAAUGAUGAUGGCUCAGACAUACAGACCUCAUCAACUGUAGAAACUGUUGCAUCAACACCAUCACAAAAUGUCCUUCUAAGUCUUUCCCCCAACUCGAUGGAUGUGGAUGUGUUGGUCAGUAGACCCUUUGCAGUAGUUGACGAGAUAGCAGAUGCAUCACCGGCGGUGGAGGAUGGUUUACAGCUUGGAGAUCAAAUUUUGAAAUUUGGCAAUGUCGAAGCAGGUGAUAAUUUGAUCCAGAGGCUGGCUUCUGAGGCCCAGUCAAGCAUGGGUCAAACAGUACCAGUUGUCAUCAUGAGGCAAGGCACAGUGAUCAACUUAACCAUCACACCUAGAACAUGGCAAGGCAGAGGAUUACUGGGAUGUCAUUUUCGGAUCUUGUAGAUGCUGUGCUGUGAUUUAAACAUUUCAUAAUGGUGGUGACAGUUUGUUUCUUCUGUGGAAUUUCCUGUGCGUAGUUCCUUACCUUUUGUUAUGUUACUAGUCUUCGCACUACUCUGUUAAAUUAUGUAAUAGAUAAUAACAGCUGACCUUUGAUUAUGGUGUUCAAUUAACUCAAUUAUGUGCUAUACAUCCUUUUUAAUUUCUUUUGGU